AUGCAUUGCAAUGAAGCUGAUGUCUCCUGCUCUGGGUCACAUGAAGAAAACUCUUCUUCACCAAAUCCAACUCAGAAGCUCUCCCUGAUUAAAAAUAGGAUGGUUUCAUUGCAUCAGCCUUCUAAACCAGAAGUCUCCUGUGUCGUCGGCUCAAGCUGUUCAUGGGUGACAUCCACAGACGCUUUUGGGAAACCAGACUGGGUGUUAUCUUCCAUUGGCGUCCUGGCAGCCCAGGAGAGGCAGCAGAUGCUUCUGGAAAACAGUUCUUCCUGCAAAGAUGUUGAAGGGGACAUUUUCCUCCUGAGCACCAGUAGAUUCCCAGAUAGAUGUGAGUUCAGCCUGCAAAGCCCCAUCCUACCUGGGAGCUUGGAUUCUUGCUUUCUGGAACUGGCCAUAUGUUCACAGGAUGCUGUUCCUCUCCUCCAGAGAUUCACAGUUGAAAUUAAAUACGUGGAGACAGACAAAAAUACAAUAACUUCUCUGAGAGCUGGCCAUGAGGAGAAUUCCAGGAUGAAAUGGAAAUACCUGGUGGCCCAGGUUGGACGAAUAGAAAGACCAUUCAAAGUCACCCUGGUGUAUUCAGACUGUGGAGCACAGGAGGCUGGAGUACUGGCACUGGGCUCCUUGCACCUCAGGAACUGCUUUCAUGAUAAAGAAAAUCAAGAUCUUUUUAUAUAUGACAAGGGCUCAACCUUCCCCUGCAUUCAUGGAGGCUGUGUCAGCCACCUACAGAUCUGUGAGUUCCUCAGUGAUUGCCCUACCAAAGAAGAGGAAGGAGUGAGGUGUGACAGCCUCCCAGAGGGUUCACACUGCUCUUUUGAAGAAGGACUGUGUGGCUGGACACUGAAUGAAACUGCAGCAUCUCCUUGGUCUAUUCGGGGCUUUUCUGGAAUGAUUCAAGAGGACUCAUUUAUAGGGUCUACUUUGCAAGCCACUGGUGGACACUUUCUCUACCUGCGAGCAGAGAGUGCUCAGACAAGUGCUAUGGCUAAGGCUUACAGCACCAGCUUGCCAGCCAGUCUUGCCACCGAAGACUACCAGAUUCAAUUUUCAGUGCGUGUUUUUGGUAGCUACAAUGGUACAGUCUCCUUCUCUCUCAGGGAAGAGACAAAGGGAGCUCCAAUCACCUUGCCAAUGUGGGAAAGGGCCGGGAGCUGGAGUGACCACUGGUUUCUCAUCACCUUACCAAUGCCAGUGCUUCAGAACCGGUUUCAACUGGAACUCCUGGCAACCUGGGGUUGGAAUUCCCAAGCUGACAUUGCUAUCGACAACAUCACAUUUGGCCUGGACUGCUUCACUGACGGAAGACAACCGAAUCAUUUUGGUGAGAAACGCCAGUACCCACGUGAGAUUAGUAUCUUGGAUGAGCACCUUCUGAACCCCCUGGAAGAGCCCUCCCUCCCAGGGGACACGACGGUUGUUCUGUGGUGGUUCUCAACAUGUGGUGCCAGUGGUCCCCGUGGGCCAACUCAAGCUCAGUGUGACAGUGCCUACAAGAACAGCAAUGUGUCAGUGACUGUGGAGAAGGAGGGCAGGCUCCGGGGAGUGCAGGUCUGGAGAGUGCCAGCCACAAACAGAUACAGGAUUUCUGCCUAUGGAGCAGCCGGGGGGAAGGGAGCCAAAAACCACAAUAAGAGGUCCCACGGGGUCUUCAUCUCAGCCACCUUCCACCUGGAGAAAGAUGAGCUGCUGUACAUCUUAGUGGGGCAGCAGGGGGAGGAUGCCUGCCCUGGGGGCAAUCCUGAAACGCAGAAGAUCUGCUUAGGGGAGUCAUCUCUCAUUGAAGAAGAUUACAAAAAAAAAAGGGACCUGAAGGAAUGGGCUGGAGGAGGUGGGGGUGGAGGAGGAGCAACCUACAUCUUUAGACAGAAGGAUGGGAUUUUCGAACCUUUGCUCAUCGCAGCAGGAGGAGGAGGAAAAGCCUACCUGAAGGCUCAGGACAACUCCCUGGAUGAUGCGCCCCUGGAGCAAUUUGAGAACAGCACUGCAGUACCCGGAGUCAGUGGGAGGACUGGGGCAGCAGGUGGAGGUGGCGGCUGGCAAGAUGAGAGUCUGCUUCCUCAGGCUGGGAAGUCUCUUCUGGAGGGUGGAGAAGGAGGUCAAGCUUGUCCCCAAGCACUAGCCAAGCUCCAGUGGACCACCUCUGGUGGUUUUGGUGGAGGAGGAGGAGCUUGUACUUCUGGGGGAGGAGGCGGAGGGUACAGAGGGGGACAUGCCUCUGAUAGUGAUGAUAUCACAGCUGGUGGGCAGGAUGGCAUCUCUUUUGUGAACCCCAUAGGAGAGAUCUUCUUGCAUCCCUUGGCAGCCAUGGAGAGUCAUGGUGAGGUGGAGGUUCAGAUCUACCUUAACUGCAGCCACUGCCACUCAGACAACUGCAAGCGGGACCCUGACACCAACCUGCCAGUCUGCCAGUGUGAGAUGGGGGCUGUGCUGGCCAAUGACAAUGUCACCUGCACUGUGCCCCAGGGUCCUAUACCAGAGGGACAGCUGCCUCUCCCCCUCCUCUUAGCUGUGGUGUCUGUGAUUGUGGUGCUUGGAAUGAUCCUCACUUGUGGCAGCCUGUCUAUCAUUUACCAUCUGAAGAAGCAGCAGUUGGAAGGAUCCAGAGCACGACUGCAGAGCCCGGAAUAUAAACUGAGCAAAAUCCGUACAUCUGUCAUCAUGACUGACUACAACCCCAACUACUGCUUUGCAGGGAAGGCCGCCACUCUGAGCGAGCUGAAGGAGAUCCCACGGAAGAAUAUCUCUCUGCUUCGGGCACUAGGACAUGGUGCAUUUGGUGAGGUUUAUGAGGGAACUGUGGUAGGCAUUGCAGGGGAUCCCAACCCUCUACAAGUGGCUAUCAAGACCCUGCCAGAAGUCUGCUCUGAACAAGAUGAGAUGGAUUUCCUGAUGGAAGCAUUGAUUAUCAGUAAGUUCAAUCACCAAAAUAUUGUGCAGUGCAUCGGUGUCAGCCUGCAGACGCUGCCUCGCUUCAUUUUGCUGGAGCUCAUGGCUGGAGGAGACAUGAAGAGCUUUCUCCAGCAGAACCGACCCAGAAUGAAUCAACCAUCCACACUAACAAUGCAGGACCUGCUGAAUAUAGCUAGGGAUAUUGCCUGCGGCUGUAAAUAUCUGGAAGAGAAUCAUUUCAUCCACAGAGAUAUAGCUGCAAGGAAUUGUCUUUUGACCUGUACUGGAGCAGGACGAAUAGCCAAAAUUGGUGACUUUGGAAUGGCCAGGGAUAUUUACAGAGCAAGUUACUACCGAAAGGGAGGAAGAGCCAUGCUUCCUGUCAAGUGGAUGCCACCAGAAGCUUUUCUAGAGGGAAUUUUCACCUCCAAGACUGAUACCUGGUCCUUUGGAGUGCUGCUUUGGGAGAUUUUCUCUCUAGGCUACAUGCCCUACCCUUGCAAAACCAAUCAGGAAGUGCUGGAAUUUGUCACCAGUGGAGGAAGAAUGGAUCCACCAAAAAACUGCCCAGGGCCAGUGUACCGGAUCAUGACACAAUGCUGGCAGCACAGUCCAGAGUAUCGGCCAAACUUCUCUACUAUCCUGGAAAGGAUCAAGUAUUGCACACAGGACCCUGAUGUGAUCAACACAGAGCUGCCCAUGGAGUGUAGCCCCGCACCAGAGGAUGAAGGGAGUACGGUCAUGCGCCCAAACAUUUCCAGUGGAAUAGUGCCACUGCUGGUAAGCCCUUCUCUUACACCUCAGACAACACCUAAGACACUGGAAUCCCACCAUGCUGGGCACAAACUUGUACAAUGUCCACAAGAACUACUGGUGGAGAACCUGAGCAACCGGACUGCCCGAGGGCCUAGCCUGCCAUGCCUCAGUGAUUUCAACAGUGGGUCAUGGUUCCAGCAGACCUCAAACCAGAAGCUGGAGCUCAGCAACCCAUCAGCCCACAGACUUAAAAACAAAACAAAAAAUCUUUGGAACCCAACCUAUGGAUCAUGGGUGCUAGAGAAUAUCUGUCACUUCAGCCCCAGCUCCAAGUUCAAAGCAAAUCCAGAGCGGGAAGAUUCAGGCUUUGAUGGGAAUUGCAGUUCUCCAAGCUCUCGGGCAUCUCCAGCAUCUCCAAGUCGAAGUAACUGCCCUCACCUGGAUAUCAGUGGGAUUGAACUGGUGAAACUCCAGACUUUCCCCUGUGGCAAUGUAAACUAUGCUUAUGAUGACCUGUGCUAUAGUGCUGAGCACCAGCCAUCAGCCUUGGCAGAGGUCAGAGCAGCUGUGCUAAGGAGCUCCAGUCUGCACAGAGAUGAAAAGCCUUUUUGUAAAACAGAGAAAACAUCAAGAGAGAGAGACUCUGGUCUGUCUUUGUCAGAUGACCUGAGUGUUACUCCUGUAUAG